CUCGGGUUGCCACUCUUGAAUUCUCUUUUUCAACGACGUGAGUAGCUGUGCUUGCUUUUUACUGAAGUACCGCUAUGACGAAUUCGAAAGGUUAUCGCCGCGGAACGAGGGAUCUGUUCUCUCGAAAAUUCCGUAAACAUGGAACAAUCCCAUUGUCCACGUACAUGAAGGUAUACAAAGUUGGUGACAUUGUUGAUAUUAAGGGUAAUGGUGCCGUUCAAAAGGGAAUGCCCUAUAAAGUCUACCAUGGAAAGACUGGACGUGUAUUUAAUGUAACCCCUCAUGCUCUUGGCGUUAUCGUGAACAAAAGAGUACACGGUCGUAUCAUUGCUAAGCGGAUUAAUGUUCGCAUUGAACAUUUGACUCACUCUAAAUGCAGAGAAGAUUUCCUGAAGCGUGUGAAAGAGAAUGAAAGGCUCAGAAAAGAGGCAAAAGAGAAGAACGUCAAAGUUCAACUAAAAAGGCAGCCAGCUGAACCCAUGACAGCACAUAUUGUAUCAGGACGUGAAGAACCUGUUCUGCUUGCUCCUAUUCCAUAUGAAUUUAUUGCUUAAAACUUAAUAAACAUGUUUUAACAAAA